UUGAGUAAAACACCAUAGCCAAAUGUAUUGUGAGUUGGUGAUUGAUUAGCUAUGUUGCUGAAAUCAUUACCCUGUGCUUCUCACUUGGAUGCUACAAGAAUUACUACUUGUCAAACUCCAUCUUCUUCUUCUUCUUCUUCUUCUUCUUCUUCUUCCCUCUUCUAUACUUGUACUUCUUCCUCCCCUUCCCACCUUUCUCUUUCCUUCUCUGUUUCUUCUAUUUUAACCUCUCUUCCUCUUCGAAAUCUUCGUUUCCGACAUGAGCCUACUCCUAAGAAAUGCAUCCAAAAGAAGUUGCAGGUGAAUUGCGCCAUCAAUGAGCCUCUUAAGGUUAUGAUUUCGGGAGCACCAGCUUCUGGUAAAGGAACCCAAUGCGAAUUGAUUGUCCAAAAGUUUGGACUGGUUCAUAUAUCCACUGGAGACCUCCUGAGGGCAGAAGUGGCAGCUGCCACAGAAAUUGGGAUCAAAGCAAAAGAGUAUAUGAACACAGGCCGCCUAGUCCCCGACGAAAUUGUCACAGCUAUGGUUAGAACGCGGCUUUCCCUUCAAGAUGCAAAGGAGAAAGGUUGGCUUCUGGACGGGUAUCCACGGACCUCAGCUCAGGCUCAGAGUCUUGAAGAAUUGGGAAUCAGACCAGAUGUUUAUAUUGUGCUUGAGGUUCCUGACGAAAUUCUGAUCAACAGAUGUGUUGGCAGACGGCUUGAUCCUGUGACAGGGAAGAUCUAUCACAUAAACAAUUUUCCUCCUGAAACAGAGGAAAUUAAAGAAAGACUUGUCACUCGCCCUGAUGACACUGAGGAAAAAGUGAUAUCUCGUCUGGAGAUAUAUAAAAGAAAUGUGGAGGCAGUCUUAACAACAUAUAUGAAUAUAGUGAAAAAGAUUGAUGGGAAUCGCCUAAAAGAAGUAGUUUUUGGAGAAAUAAAUUCUUUAUUGAACAAAGUAAAGGAUGAAAAACUGAAGGCUGCCACCACAGGAAAUGCAGUAACUAAGAGCAGCAAUUCUAAUCUUGCAACUCCAAACAAGGAUAAGUGGAGAGGAAUCCCUACAAGGUUAAAUAAUAUUCCACAUUCCAGAGAAAUCAGAGAAUAUUUCUAUGAAGAUGUGCUGCAAGCUACACUGAGAGCUGUAAAAGAUGGAAAAAGGAGGCUGAAGGUGGAGAUCAGUAUUCCAGAGCUGGACCCAUCCACGGAUGUUUAUAGAAUUGGGACUCUGAUGGAGCUUGUUCGAGUCAUAGCCCUUUCAUUUGCUGAUGAUGGAAAACGAGUGAAGGUUUGUGUCCAAGGAUCAAUGGGUGAAGGUGCAUUGGCAGGAAUGCCAUUACAGUUGGCAGGCACUCGAAAGAUUUUAGAGUUCAUGGACUGGGGUGAUUAUGAGGCCAAAGGGACUUUCAUCAACAUAGGUUCCAUAGGUGGCAAUGAGGUUGAUGAACAGGAUGACAUGUUUAUUCUAGUGGCUCCUCAGAAUGCUUUUGGAAAUUGUAUCAUUGAUGAUUUGAGAGCUAUGACUGAUGCUGCAGGGAGUCGUCCAGUUAUUCUCAUAAAUCCGCGUCUCAAGGACUUGCCUGGCUCAAGUGGCAUCAUGCAGACAAUGGGUCGUGAUAAGAGAUUGGAGUAUGCCGAGUCAUUUGAGAAUUGCUACUCCUUUCGGCUUCUCUACUAUGCAGGAACUCAGUACCCAAUCAUGGGUGCUCUCAGAAUGUCGUACCCCUUCCCAUAUGAAGUGUACAAGAGGGUAGACGAAGCUCCUGGAAAAGAAAAGUAUGUCAUGCUGUCCACAUUUGAGAAGAAGCCAACUUCUGAUGACAUUAACAAUGCAUUCUUAGGGAAGCCAAGAGAACUGAAGAAUUCGUCUGGUUUUUGGGGUUUCUUGAGUGCCAUUCUGAGUUAAACAUUAAACAUAUUGUAGCAUCUUGCACUGUCUUAUCGCGACCAAUGACCUCCUCCACUUCAUUGCCAUAUCAGUGUUCUGAUUUGGCAGAAUACUCGUCUAUAGAGGAAGGAUUUAGUGUAGCGUGAUUAUGUAAAUGAUGCGCCGCCCUUAAUUACUUCACAAAAUCAUCUAGAAUUGAGGGCAUUUUUUACAGUCUCAUAUACUUGUUAUCUUAUGCAGGGACUUGUACCUCGUAUUACAUAUACCAGUAGAUUUCUUAUUCAAAUUUAGUGAAUAGUGGCAAAUUAUAUGUUAUAGAUUUCUCUAUUCUAUUAUAUUAUCUGUCCUUAGUCCAACAAACUGUGCUGGCUUAGAUGAUCAUCCUAGGAUCAUGUAACCAUUCUCCAAUCCUGUAGUGCUUCAAUUCCUAAUUUAACUUUUGAAAAUUAAUUUCAAUCA